AUGAGUAAUUCUAAAUUAUAUACUCCAAAUGAUCUUAUUGAAUUUGAAAAUCAUAAACGCUAUUCAUCUAUGGGAAAGAGUAAUUAAAUAGAAAUGAUCUAUUUCUAGUGUUAGAAUCAAUGAAGUAGACUGCACCUGCAUUUGGAUUUGGAUCAUCCACCAGAUAUCAAGCUUAAUCUAUAUACAGAGACAAAAAGCUACUUCAAAAAGGUAAACAUAGUCCUGGACCCUGUUACAAUUCUUCUAAUUACAUUAAUGAAUUACUAACUAAAAAUGCAACAGUUAAAAUAGGAACAUCUAAAAGAGAUUUUCUUAAUUCAACAUAAUAUGAUUAUUAUACAAGAUAAGAUAGAGAUGUAUAUUAAAUUAUAUUCAUAAAUUAAUAGUUUGAACCUCAUAAAGCUAAUGAUUUUAGAAAGAUGAAUUCAACAAUUGUGAAAAUUGGCCUAGCCUAACGUUUCAAAACAGAUUAUAAAAAUUAAGUUCCUGGACCUGAUUAAUAUAAUAAUCUCAUUAAAAAAAAAGGACUUUAAUGUACUAUAGUUCCAAGAAGACCUAUAUCUAAAUCAUUUUAAGGUUCAACACCUGAUUUAAUUGGUCCAGGAUCUUAUGAUGUAAAUAAAUCAUUAGAUGUUACUCAUGAAAGUUAUCCUAGUAUUGGAUUCACUAAAGGAGAAAAGAUGAAACCUACUAAAAGUGUUGAUAAGAAUUAAACCUAUUAUACAAAGUAUUAUUUUAUUUAUCAAACUCAGGGGAUCUAUUGGAGUAUAAAUUAAAUCUAAUUGUAUUACUAAACCAUGCUUUUCUAUUGGUAAAGAAAGUAGAGAUAUCAAACCAGCCAUUUUUAAAAGAGAUAUGGAUGGAAUUGUUACCAAAAUUUAAAUAUCAAUGCCCAAAUUUUGA